AUGCCAGUUGAAGCAGUUGAUCUAUUUCUACAGAUGGACAGUUGUGAAAAAGAGCCUGAUGCAGUCACAAUUGCCCUAUUACUUGGUAGCCGUCUUCAUCGAUAUGUUAAUAUGAAGAAAUUUCGGUCAAUAUUAUUGGAAAAUGCUUUAUUAGAUAUCCAUGUUGGAUUGCUCGAGGAGGGGAAGUACUACUUUAAGUUGAUGAUUUACAAGUAUCAAAUAGUUCCAGGGCUAAAACUAUUCGUGCAUGUUCGAGGAGUUGAGGAAGAGUUGGAUGUAUUUGUAAGAAAAAUGAAAGAGAUUGAUUCAGCUCUCCAUGAUGUAGAGGAGGAAGACAAGGAGUGUCAACUAGUUAUUCAUAGUGAAAAGCUUGCAAUUGUUUGUGAAAUUAUGAAUUCAGAACUCAGAAUUACAAAGAAUCUUCGCGUUUGUGGGGACUGUCAUACUGUAGCGAAACUGAUAACCUAA